AUGAUUGAGUCCGCCAUCCUCUGCGAAUGCGACUCGGAGCGGAACAAGACCGAGAAGAACCUCGCGUUCAACAUGACGCUGGCUCAUUUUGCGGUCGACGUGAUUGGCGACUCUUCAGCGUUGACAUCGACAACGGAGCGACCACAUGGUACAUUUGCUACGGUCGUCUACUUCUUCCCGUCCACCUGCGUCGGCGGUGCCGUCACGAUCUCGGAAGCGUGCGGGCCAUUCGGAGAUCUGUCGGAACGCGGACCGACGACUUUCGAGUCAUUGGACGGGUGCUUUCUCUUGUUCUACAGCUCGUGCGACGUGACCGUCGCGCCGAUCACAUCCGGACACCGAUCUUGUGCUGUGUAUUACGCGACCCUGGACGACAACUACUUCGACAACUGGACGGCGCCUGAGGUAUGGUUUGCGCCGCCGCUGUUGCCGACGAUCCAAGAGCUACAGGACGCUACUCGUGGCUUCGAUCCGAGACAACGUAAUGCCGUCAUGAUCCGGCUCGAGACGUAUACUGCAACGCCGACGUUUGAUUCGCUCACGGGUCCUGACAAGGCAGUUGUCGAUCUGCUACUGGCGGCCAACGUCUAUGACAUUGCACUGGUGCGCACGGGCGAAGGCGACGACAAGAACAAAGCUAUUCCACCGCUGUCUGGGACGUCCCAUUCAAUGUGCAAAACGCCGGCGCUCGUUCAAGAGGUUUAUGACCAGACGCCGAUCAACGAAGUUGCAGAAGACACCGACGAGAUCAAGUCACGUGGCAACUUCCUGCUCGUGUGGCCCAAGGCGUGCCGCGUACGCAUUUUGGGCUACGACCGCACGAUCGCGCUCUUGCGCGGCAAUGUGGACGGUGACGUCGUCGACGGACUCGGCUUCGAGUCGCUCCACGGCAUCUUUGAAGCGGCGUUCCGUGCCUUCUACCCGCAGCGUCCUCACCAUGGCCGCAACCCGCCUCAAGUCACGUACGCGAUGGCGUCACUGCUCUACGACUAUGGCGACUUGCAGCUCAUCGAGGCGUUCAUGGACGCUCACGAGCGAUGGGCCGACGACGAAAACAUGGCUACUUGGCUCCUCGCGGUGCUCCGACGCUUUGGCACGCCACGUUUUCAGCACCGACUCCAUACAGUGAAGGCCUCGAGCGCUUUUGCUGCUCAUUUGGUGCAUCUCGCGACGGGCGGCGACGCACUCGCGCAAAUGAUCGCACACGACUGUGUUCCGCUGUGGUGGCCUCGCCUGCUGCGCUACAUCCCCACGAAGCGAAUGCUGGGCGACAUGCUCGCUGUCGAGACGUACCGAUCGGCGUGGCUGCGUCAGCGUACUUGCGCCGUUGCUUACCGGACGUUGUCGUGCGCAAGGUGGCGACGUACCUUCCGUCGCCGCUCGCGUCACUACUGGACACUGUCCGAGCCAACCACUGCCUCGUCGCUAUUCUUCCAGCCGCCGUGUGGUCCAGGCGAGACUCGCUGGGCAUCGAGCGCCUCGCAACCUGCAUUGCGCCCGCCGUCGAGUAUUUGCGCUUGGACCCUGAGCGCCUAAGCAGCUGCCGUGGCCACA